AUGGAUGUGCUUUUGAGCGUCAAAGAAUUUCAAGACAAGGCUCCCGAAAGAGAACAUUCAUUUGCUAAUAAUUUACCAGGAACCAAAUGGUACCGCCUCUUUCUGAAGAGACACCCUAACCUUUCGGAACGAACACCAGAGGGCAUAACCAGAGCAGCAGGGAACGUGAGCGAGCAAGAUAUCCGAAAAUGGUUUGAGGAGAUUCGAGUCAUACUGGAAGAGGAAGGUGCGUUGGAAGCCCUCAAAGACCCUGACAGAGUUGGGAAUGGGGAUGAAAGCAAUUUUCGACUUUGUCCAAAUAAAUCGUUUGUUCUUGCUGAAAAGGGGGCCAAGGAUGUCUAUGAGGUCUCUCCCACUAGCGAUGACAAGUUCGCUGUUACGGUAAUGUUUGCGUACACGGCAUCUGGGAAAAGGGUAGAGCCCAUGAUCAUUUUUCCGUACAAGAGAGUGCCAGCCGCACUUGUGAAAAGUGUCCCUCCUGCUUGGGGGAUAGGCAGGUCAGAUUCCGGAUGGAUGACCGCUGAAACCUUUUAUGAAUGGAUAAGUAGCAUUCUAGCUAAUUUUCUUGAAUUCAACAAAAUCAAGACCCCGUUUAUUCUCUUUGUUGACGGGCAUAAAACACAUUUGACACGGGAGACUAGUUCUCUCUGCAAAGAGCUUGGCAUUGUACUGAUUGCCUUGUAUCCCAAUGCCACACACAUCCUACAACCGUGUGACGUGGCUGCGUUCCGGCCUCUGAAAGCUGCCUGGUCGCGUGCCCUUUUGGAGUGGCGCCGUAAGCACCCUCAUGAUUCUCUAACUAAAGAAUGCAUUGGUCCGAUACUGAACACUGCUCUGCAAAAGGACAUGACCCUGUCUCUUGUCAAUGGAUUUAGAGUGACUGGACUUCACCCCUUCAACCCUGACGCUGUUAAUUACAAGAAAUGCAAAGGACACGUAAACAGGGCCCCAGAGACCGAGGCAGAACAACAGCAAGCGGAUCUCCCAGUAACGCUUACUAUGACAAAUUUCCAGGACUUGGUAGGGGAAGAAAUAAUCCGCUCCCUGCAGAGUUCCGCACCGGAGCUGCAAGACAAUGCAGCUUUGGCAGCACUGCACCGGGUGUAUUCCGCUCUGCAAGGCAAGCCGAGGGAAGAGCAUGUUACUGUGGCGGUCGUGAGCACAGAAUCGGUAGCCGGCUCCUCACAGGCACUAGAUGAAAGCCCUAUGCAAGUGGAUCUCAGCUUGGUGCGGCAGGAACCGUUAGACGACGACCCCGACGACCCACCCGAGGUUGACGCCGAACCUCGCCCGGGAAGUAGCGCCUCUAGCGUGUCCUUGCGGGAUGUCCUUGUGUGGCCUCACAGUCCCAAGCGCAAGGGCAAGCGGAAGAUGGAACGUAUGCCCUACGUCACCACGUCCAAGAGAUGGCGCGAGAUGCAGGAAGAGAAAGAUAGGAAGAAGAAGGAGGAGGAGGCCGAGAAGGAGGCGCGAAAGGAGGCGCGCAUUGCUAAGAAGGCUCUCCAGGACGCCGAGAAGGCUGCUAAAGAAGCUGCCGCUGCAGCCAGGCGUCUACAGGCUGCGCCAGAACGGCGCAGGACUCGCCAAACCAAGUAA